CACCGAAAUCGGUCGUGUAUUACUCAAGAUAUUCCGUUUUAAUCCGAUUUCUUACCUGAGUCGUUUUCUGAAACGCGCGGUUUUUUCCGGAAAAAAUGCUCGUGACGUCACAACGAGGACGGCCAUUUUGAAAACUGUAGUGAACAGUGUGCGUGUCUUGUGUUUUUUAAUCGUAUUUUCGUGUAUUUUCAAGUGUUUUGUGUAAAUAUUUUGGAUGGUAGUGUGUUUAGGACUUUCCGUAGAUGUAGUGUGUAGUAUUUAACUGUGUAGUUUAGGCUGUAUAAGCCGCAAUCAUGGACAGUGGCAGUGUCAGUCGGAGGAUGUGUGUAGCUGGAAGAUGCAGUAGGAAAAAAGCCGAUGGUAUAAGUUUACACCAGUUUCCUUUUGAUAGACCUGCAAUUCUUCGUCAGUGGACGGCGUAUGUGAAGAAUUCAAGGAAGAACUGGACAGGUCCAACUUCAGCUUCGGUGCUAUGUUCUGUACAUUUCUCGCCGGACUCUUACCCCGCCAAGUACAGAAUAAUGGAGUCUAUGGGAGUCCCCGUUCAGCGAAAAGAGUUGGAAAGAGAUGCCGUGCCGACUGUUAAGAUUCAGAUCCCUGAGGAAAAGACGCCAUUUACGGGGGAAACGAAAGGCUGAUGACUUCAAUUCACCCCUGAUGAGCAGCACACCCAAGAAGCCAAAUUUAAAUUUGACU